AUGUCUCCCGUCUCCUCACCUUCACCAUCACUUCGUAUCGAUGGGGUGGUUGAGGAUUGGGAUGAAUUGGAUGACCUUGUUUUGGAGGACGCCCACUUUGGCUCGGGCUAUGCAACAACUUCCCUCGCACCACAUGCUCUUGUUGCGAAGCCUCCAUCACGAGCCCGGACCCGUGCCCAGGCACCCAUAAGGGCAUCUACCGCCGCUCAUGCCCCAGCACCCGACAAAACUCCCACCUCGCCACCUGACGGAGCACUCGCCUUGGCACCCGACGAGGCACCCGCGCUAACAUCUGACGGGGCACCCGACCUCGCAACCGACGGGGCUUCCACCUCGGCACUCGAUAAGGCACCAGUCUCGGCAUCUGACUCGGCACCCGCCUCGACACCUGAUGAGACACCUGCCCUGGCACCCGACAUGGCAACUUUCCCGGCACUUGAUGAGGCCUCUGCCUCGACACCAGAUGCGGCAUCCGAUGGAGACCCUACACUACUACAAAAGUUUACAUAG